ACGUCAUUGCGUUGCACACAUGUUGUGCCCGCUUGACAUCAGCACGGGUGAUUGGAAGCCUCUUGCCCUUUAUAAGAGUCGGAGCUCAUCAUCCUGCACGUCUAGCGCAACGCUGCUUGUUGAGAUCAAUGGCGACAACGAAGGCGCCAACCUCAUUUCUGAAUUGGCUAUCAAACGCAUACCACUGCAGCCUUCAAAAGGUUAAAAAAAAAAAAAAGUUAACUGAUCGCCAUGGGACUGCUGCCUCCGCUCAAGAAGUCCAACCUGCACUUCAAGCCGCGCUCUAGCACCCACAAGCGCCCAGUCGAGGACCCGCUUAGUGCGACCCCCUUGCCGCACGAGGCCCAGCAGCUCAAGAAGCACAUCUUGAAAUCUCACCCGCAGCCACUCAUGCGCUUCAGCAUGAGCCGCAUGCGCCACGUUGUGGCCCAGCCGCCAGUGGAGAUCCCCGUCGAACUUCGCAAGAAGAACCUCGUUUCCAGCCGCGUGUCCGGCCACAGCGUGCCGCUCACACGCAAGAUGUGGGACAAGCAAAUGAAGCAGUACAAGAAGCACAUGCUCGACGUCAUCGGAGAGGGCAUUCACUACCAAUGACAGAGCUAUCGAAAGCCCCAAGGGAUCAGUUAGAGUGCCGCCUGUAGUACUACAAUUAUGUGUAAACUAAAGUAUGACAUCAAAAUAAUAUAGUAGCACAAUUAUAUCAUUCUCA